GUGGGUGGUGUUUCCGCCGCCGUCUCGAAGACCGCCGCCGCCCCCAUCGAGCGUGUCAAGCUCCUCAUCCAGAACCAGGAUGAAAUGCUUAAGACCGGCCGUCUCGACCGCAAGUACAAUGGUAUCAUUGACUGCUUCAGCCGUACCUCCAAGGCCGAGGGUGUCCUUUCCCUCUGGAGAGGUAACACUGCCAACGUCAUCCGUUACUUCCCUACCCAGGCCCUGAACUUCGCUUUCCGUGACACCUACAAGUCGAUGUUCGCCUUCAAGAAGGACCGUGAUGGUUAUGCCAAGUGGAUGGCUGGCAACCUGGCCUCCGGUGGUGCUGCCGGUGCCACUUCCCUCCUCUUCGUCUACUCCCUCGACUACGCCCGUACCCGUCUUGCCAACGAUGCGAAGAACGCCAAGAAGGGUGGUGAGCGUCAGUUCAACGGUCUCGUCGAUGUCUACAAGAAGACUCUCGCCUCCGACGGUAUUGCCGGUCUCUACCGUGGUUUCAUGCCCUCCGUUCUUGGUAUAGUCGUCUACCGUGGUCUGUACUUCGGCAUGUACGACUCCAUCAAGCCCGUUGUUCUCGUUGGUCCUCUUGAGGGUAACUUCCUGGCCUCUUUCGCUCUCGGCUGGACUGUCACCACUGGUGCCGGUAUCGCCUCCUACCCUCUUGACACCAUCCGUCGUCGCAUGAUGAUGACGUCUGGUGAGGCCGUCAAGUACAAAUCCUCCAUGGAUGCCGCCCGCCAGAUCAUCGCCGCUGAGGGUGUCAAGUCUCUCUUCAAGGGUGCUGGUGCCAACAUCCUUCGUGGUGUUGCUGGUGCCGGUGUGCUCUCCAUCUACGACCAGGUCCAGCUCAUCCUCUUCGGCAAGAAGUUCAAGGGUGGAUCUGGUUAA